UUCACGCAGGAAGCCGUGACGCAACACGAGGAAGAAGUCUGUACACGGAAGUCAACCCGGAUUCUGCAUGUAUGAGAUUUGUUUCCUGCUGUAGACUUCUCUCGGUGUAAAUGACCCUUUCCUCUGGCCGUGAGUUAAACCGUGAUGGCUCUACAUGACGGGACCGUCGCCGCGGAGACCCGGACCAGAUAAUGUGCAGCUCUGAGCGGACGGGCGAUAUCCGGUGCGGGUCAAUGGACGCCAGGACUUGAAGUGCGGCUGUUUUGACAGCUGGGUUGAGUCUCCACUACCUGGUCUGUCUGCCUGACAGAGAGCAGCUGGGAGCAGACGAGCCCCGAGGUUUGAACACUAACGAGGGGGGUCGUUUUAUAUACAGACGAACAACUACGUGAGAGAAGUUGCUGUUGAAGCGCCAGUGAAGAAACGGCAGAAAGCCUCCCACCGACCCCUGGCCAUGGCCUCGUCCCGGCUGAAGUACCUCUCUCUGGGCGUGCUGGUGUUCCAGACUACCUCCCUGGUGCUCACCAUGCGGUACUCCCGCACCCUGCAGGCCGAGGGCCCGCGGUACCUGGCCUCCUCAGCCGUGGUGGUGGCUGAGGUGAUGAAGAUCCUCACCUGUGUGAUGCUCGUCUUCAAGGAGCACAGUUACAGCAUGCGAGCUCUGAACAGCGUCCUGCGUCAGGAAAUUGCCAACAAACCCAUAGAAACGCUGAAGCUGGCGAUCCCCUCGGGGAUCUACACGCUGCAGAACAACCUGCUGUACGUCGCCUUGUCCAACCUGGAUGCAGCCACCUACCAGGUUACGUACCAGCUGAAGAUCCUGACCACGGCCCUGUUCUCCGUGUCGAUGCUGGGUCGCAGGCUGGGCGUCUACCAGUGGCUCUCGCUGCUGAUCCUGAUGGCUGGAGUGGCUCUCGUGCAGUGGCCCUCUGAGUCCCCAGCGGCCUCGGAGAAGGAGGCCCUCUCUGCGGGCUCCCAGUUUGUCGGUGUAACAGCGGUUCUGGUGGCGUGCUGCUCCAGCGGGUUCGCCGGUGUCUACUUUGAGAAGAUCUUAAAGGAGAGCAAGCAGAGCGUCUGGGUCCGCAACAUCCAGCUAGGGAUGUUCGGCCUGGUGUUUGGCCUCUUCGGGAUGCUGGCCUACGACGGAGAGAGGGUGAAGGAGUCGGGGAUGUUCCAGGGAUACAACACGGUCACCUGGGCGGUCGUGGCGCUGCAGGCGCUGGGUGGUCUGGUCAUAGCAGCGGUCAUCAAGUAUGCAGACAACAUCCUCAAGGGCUUUGCUACAUCGCUCUCCAUCAUCCUGUCAACCCUCAUAUCCUACUUCUGGCUGCAGGACUUCGACCCCACUGGCGUUUUCUUCCUGGGGGCCGUUUUGGUCAUCGCGGCCACUUUCCUGUACGGCUACGAAGGGAAGCCGGCCCCCAACCCCAGCAGGGCAUAGGACUCUCGCGGCUGACACUACAGCAGCAGCUCAACGGGAGGUCCUGUUGAAGCGUCAAGACGUGGAGGGGGGGGGAAAGGAGGACAGAGGGCUGGAGGAAAAGAAGGGGAAAGGUCUUUAUCAUAUAUUGUGAUCACAAAAAAGAAGGAGACACGGCAGAGGAGAGGAAGAGAGGAGGUAAGCAGGUUGUGAACAGAGGAAGGGCGGAAAGAGGGUGAAAAGGAAAAGCAAGCACAACGCUGUGACGGGCCUCACACACCAGAAGUGCCUCAGCUGACGAGAGAAGCAGUGAGAAGAGAAACUGUUUAUAACUACCGCUGUAGAGAUAAUCCUGGCUGCCGCACCUCCACAUGUGGAGAGAGAUUCUCGACAGGACCGACUGAUUGUGUUGAUUAAGUACCUGUUUGACUGCCAGUUACUGUUACUGCCACAUCAAUCACACCUAUACACUAAAGGAUUAAAGGAUUAAAGGCGCAGACAGGCAGGGAUCCUUCAAAAUUUGUCGUACGUAGUCGGAGCUGCAGUAUCGAGGCUCCUUCUUGUCCCACAUAAAGCUCUGAAAGCACAUUUUAGGCAAUUUUUUCCUCCCUGAAACGAGGCCGUCGAGCAGUUGUUUACUCUAAAGCUGUGUACAAUACCACAAGCCAGAACGGGCAAAUAAUCAAGGUUAGUUUGAGGCCCCAGUUGGGGUUACAGUCUGCUGCAGAGGCGGGUUUGUACACAGCUUAAGAGGCCUGGGCUGCACGGGAGGCACAACACAGGACAAAAACCCCCCCAACAUUUCGAUGCACUUACAGCCUUCAGACUAUGGUAGACGAAGUGACCGUAACUCACAUUGUCUCCUUAAUUACGGCUCUCAUGUUGGGUUCCAUUCAGCUAUUUUUGGAAACAGCCUCUGUUGCCAGGCAGCAUAUAGUCGCCGGGAUGUCUUUGAUAACAUAUACCGCGCAUCUCAGAGGCAGAACUUGUUUCACCGUGCGAGUCCGGUCUGUCUGCGUCUGGUGGAGUUUAAUGCUUGAUAAUGUUCGACAGUAACCUGGGUGUAGAAAAUACCGUUCUGGGCUGUAACAAGAGUUAAUCGUCAGGACGGUUUGAUUAUGUCGGGGGGGAGAUGAUUUUUGUACAACUUGAAAUUUCCGUUAACCUUGGAUGUAAAUGAUAGCAUACCGUUUCAAUUUGUGAUCUGUAACUCUCAAUGAAUUGUCUGUUUAACUUAUUCAUUCAUUAGGAAGUUUACAUGACUUUUCAAAGCCACUGAUUACCAACAUCCAUGACCUGUGCUCGUGUAACGAUAUCUUCUGUUGAUUUUGUGGUGAAGCAAUCAAAAAUCACUGAACGCGGCCCAGCUAAGUCUGAACCGACUGAAUUGUUGAUACUAGGGAUGCAAAAUAUCUGAAUUUAAGACAGCAUUUCCCAACUCAUUUUGGCCGAUGACCGAUGCCGAUAAAAGUACACAUUUUUUCCACCUAAUUGCAGAAAACAUCAAGCCUCUCUGUGAAUUCAUAUUCAGAUGCAGACAUACAGUUAUUUUCUAGAUGUUAAACUGUAAAACUACGUUGUCACAGUGUGUGUUUGUUCCAACUAAUGCUGCUGUAUAAUUUUUAAAGGGGCACUUCAACUUGUUUUGAGCAAUGUUCUUGAACUGUUGGACCUCCAACAGGCCAACUGGUCUUUUUAAACAAAAAAACACCAAUAAUAAAAACAAAUACGCACCAGUUGUUCUCUAAUGAUUACACACAAAACUGUUAACAUCUGACUCACAGGUACAGCUUGAGGAUGAAAACUUCACAAUACCAGAUAAUUUGGGCUACUCUGGGAAUCAAGGGGUCUGUUUCUGUUUGCACCUUUUUUUAAUGUGCCUAUAAACAUAGUGCUCCUUUAAAGCCUUCUUCGGUUGAUACUGAAAUAAUCG